AGCACCAGCUUUGGAUUGUAACCACCAACACCACCACCAGCCGGAGCGGCAAUGGAUCUCUUUGAAUUCGACUUUUUCAGAGACUGGGAGCUUGAACAACCAUGUCAUCUGGAGUCGGAGCGCAGUGCCCUGAAGAGGAGAGAGUGGGAGAGGAGGAAUCAGGAGGUCCAACAGGAUGAAGACUUGUUCUCAACUGGAUUCAACCUGUUUGGAGAACCUUAUAAAACUAAUAAAGGUGAUGCAUUGGCCAAUCGCGUCCAGAACACGCUGGGCUCCUAUGAAGAGAUGAAAGACCUGUUAACCAGCCAUUCCAACCAGAGCCACUUGGUUGGAAUCCCCAAAGGCAGCAGUGUGAACAACAACCUGCAAACCCAAACCACUUCAACGACAGAAAGACCAGCCAUGGAGUCCCAGCUUUUCAAUGAAACCUUAAGAGGAGGAGUAGGUGGAGGAGGAGGAGCAGAGGCAGGAGGGGACAAGAGGGUGGGAAAUGCACCUUCUUCAUCUUCAACCUCCAUGCAACCUCCUGCCUCGACCACAUCGUCAUCAAGCACAUCAACGAUCCAACAUCAGAAUUCAAAGAAGUCACGAAACUCCUUGGACUGGUCACGGGGAGGCCACGGACAGAGUACACAAGGAGCAAGCCUUGUUCUUGGGUUAGGACAGAAUGGCCAGGGGCAGGCUGCAGGAGCUACCAGUGGGAGAGGGAAAAUGUCUUUAUUAGAGGAACAGCAAAUGCAACGGCAUGAAGAGCUGUUCAGCUCACUGAAAGAUGAACUAGGUCUUAAAGGAGAUUCAAGCCCUUCUUCCUCCUCUUCGUCCUCCUCUUCUUCUUCUUCUUCUAGAAGGCACUCUUCCCAACCCUCCAAAACCCUUCCUCUCCCAGAUGGUGGCAAUUUUCGAACUUCCACCAUGGAUGGUGGCCAUUUUAAGUCUUCCACUAACACAGAAAAUGGUGGACAUUUUAAAUCCUCCCCAUUUGAAAAUGAAACAGGUUCUCACUUCUCGACAUCCUCAUCCCCCCUGGCUUCCACAUCAGUUCUGACAACGCCUACCCCUGGUCUAACUACUCCCACAUCUGGACUAACAACCCCCACUUUCCCACCUGGUAGCCUAUCAGGCAAGCCAGUCGCAGUUCAGCAGAAGCCCACAGCGUAUGUUCGACCAAUGGACGGCCAGGACCAGGCUCCGAGUGACUCUCCCCAGCUUAAACCCCCGCUAGUGGCCACAGAGGGAUUCAACAGUAGUCAGGCUUAUGGAGGAAACCCUGGAAAUGUGAAGAAUAAACUGCCAAAACUGAGUCUCAGUCACACAGGGGAGGUCAGCCUUCCAAAUGACUCCAGCUGUGUUGAAGAGAUUUUGCGGGAGAUGACCCAUUCCUGGCCUCCUCCUCUCACAGCCAUACACACUCCUGGGAAGGCUGAUCAGACCAAGUUCCCAAUCCCAAACAAGGAGUCACAGCAUGUGACCUCAGGCUACAACACUCAGAAGCGAUGUAGUGUAUCAGCUAACAAGCCUGCUGCUAAACCACCAACUGCACCACAGAAGUCGAUGUUGGAGGAUGACCUGAAGAUCAGCAGUGAUGAGGAAGAGGCCGAACAACAGGUGUCUGACAAGCCCAAAGCCAGAGGCACAGCCCUAAGUGGUGCAUCGGGGAGCAGCAGUGAAUCAGAGAGCAGCUCGGAGUCUGACACAGAUGAAUCAGAGAGCAGCUCCAGUGACAGCGAGUAUAACCAGGCCUCCCGCACAAACACUCCAGAGCCUGAGCCCCCCUCCACCAACAAGUGGCAGCUGGACAGCUGGUUGAACAAGGUCCAAGCUCAAACCAAACCUUUGAUUCCCCCACAGCACCAACAUCAUGGCACAGGUUCCAUCAACCAGGGAGAGACUUUCUCUCCAGGGAGUGAAGCACCAGGAGUGGCAGCGGCUGCCAAGGCCAAGCCCUGCGGAUCCAAUAACACCCCUGUUCCAGCUGCACCAACAGUGGAACACAAGGACACGAGGGGAGCCUUCUGCCCGGGCAGAGAGAAGGCCAAGGCCAAGCUCAGCCAGAAGACAUCAGGGGAGGGCCAGAGGUCAAAGAUGAGGCUGUCACCGGGUCUGUUGUCAGGGCCAGAGGUCACGACCCCAAGGAGGAACACUACAGGGAAGAAACAGCCCAGACGGACAGAGAGGUCAAACAGUGUGGAGGAUAAUCAGAACCAGACAUGGAGCAGAGCAAACCAGCAGAGCCCUGCAGCGAGGGAGAAGGACCUAUUGCCUCCCCCCUCCGUGGAGCACCAGAACCCCCCAAGGCCGCGAAGCAAACCCCCCAGUGGGAAAACAGCCCCCAGGAAAGAGCCUCGCAUUGCUACCAACUCAAACAACAACGCAGUUACUCCACCAGCAGCACUACAACAAACCCCUGUGGCAAUACCUUCUGUCAGUGUAAACCAGGAUAAGAGGAAACACCGAGGCCCAAGCACCAGAAUCACACCCAAGUCCCGAGAAUUCAUUGAAACAGAUUCCUCCUCCUCCUCUUCAGAAUGCCAGUCGGAUUCAGAGGAAGCCAUCAAAAUCCCUGCUCUGCCACAGACGACACGCUCUGCGAUUAACACACAGACUCUGUCCAACACGCACAUACACACACCUCUUCUCCCAUGCCUUGGCUCUGCUGGCAGUGUGGGGAGUGUGGGAACAUUUGGAGGGAAGGGGCUGCGAGUCAAAGAUGGUAGCAAUGUGACCACUAAUGGUAGUAGCAGUAGUAAUAGUACCACCAGCAGCGCUAAUAAUGGCGGCAAUAAUAGCUGUAACUCCCUGAGCAUUAGCAACUUAAGUGGUUCAUUUGGUACUUCUGUUCCUGAUCCUGGAGGGUUAGGAGGGCAGUGUAAGGACGUGGAGUCCAUGUCACCACCCUCCAACAUAGGACACGAGGUGCCUCUCUCCCCCCUUAGGGAGUACCAAGAGAUCCAGAGUUUAUGGGUGAAAAUCGACCUGAGUUUGCUCAGCAGGGUGCCUGGCCAGGUUUUGGGAGAAAGAUCCAGGGUGGGACUUGCAGAAAGGGACGGGAGUGAAGGGAGAGACAGAGAGAGACAGGGGGAGAGGACAGGUGUGGCAGAGAGAGAAAGACAGAAGCAGGAAGACAGAGAGUGGCCAGGGCUGAGAGAAAGACAGAAGUUAACUAAAGGGGAAAGACCAGAGGAAGAAAAUGAACGAUUAGUGCAGGACAGAGAGAGGCAAGGCGACAGAGACAGAUUACCAGAGAGAGAGAGGCAGACAGAUAGAGAGGACAGAGAAAGAUUUGGACUUGGGGAGAGGGAAAGGACAACGACGAGGGACAGAGAGAAGGUAUGCCUAGGUCUAGGGGUCCUGGACAACCCCCCUGUGCAAGAGCAGAGUAAUCCCAGGCUGGCUGGGAGGACGGAGAGGGGAGAGAACGGAGUUAAACACAGGAGACAAGCAGCUGGGAACAUGAUGGUCCCAACAGAGAAACACACCAGCAAGAACAAGAGGAAACACAAGUCGGACCACACUGAGUCAUCAGUCAAUGGCAAUAAGAAGCUGCGAUUGGACAAAGACUGUCAGCUCCUCCCACCCUGCAUCUCUCCAAUACACAACCACAAGAACAGCUCUACAGAUAGCCCUCUGAACAGGAAGCAGUCUCGACGGCGCAACGAGAAGCUGCUUCCUCCCCUCCUGUCCCCCCUCUCUGACGAUUCUCCACGUAAACGAACCUGUGACAGCAGUUCCUCUCUCAGCCAGGAGGGCAGCACCACAGGGAUUCUGCCCUGCUCCACUACGUCCACCUCCUCCUCCUCCCACAGACACAGGAGAGCUGAGGGCAAGGUGUCGUCACACGCAAGAAACGGCAGCGAAAUGGAUCCCCAGAGCGAGAAGCCCUGUGGAGACAGUUACCAUGCCAACGGACAGUCAGACGGUGAAGUGUGGUCGGAACCACUGAUGGAACCUGCAGAACCUCGCAGGCCAAGACUGUCGUUUAGUGACACGUAA